AUGGAAAAACUGGCUGCAGCUGGUUCAUUAUGCCGUCGUUUGGGUGUUGAAGAAGGUUUAGAGCUUGUUCCACCAACAUUUGAAUUGUUCUUCAAAGAUGACGCUUUAGGCGAUCCUAUGGUGAACGAGUCUCAAGCAAUUGCAUUGGGUUGGGCAAAUGCUGAACAAUUGGCGCAAAUGAAAGAAUUGACUCAAAAAGUCAAUGUUGUGCUGAAAGAUUUAUUCGCUCAAGGCAACAUGCUUCUUGUUGAUUUUAAACUUGAAUUUGGCGUGUUCCAUGACCGUAUCGUUUUGGGUGACGAAUUCUCUCCAGACGGUUGCCGUCUAUGGGAUAAAGACACCAAGAAAAAACUCGACAAAGACCGUUUCCGUCAAGGUUUAGGUGGUGUUGUUGAAGCUUAUGAAGAAGUGGCUACUCGCAUUGGUGUAGAUCUUUCAGAUAUCUAA